UUACUUUGAAGGGGCGUGAAGGGCAGGGCGCUGACUUGCUGACUUCCGCUUGGCUGAAGACAGCAGCAGCAGCGGCGGCGGUGGUGCUGAGAUCAGGGCGGAUUCACCGAGUCUGUAGAAACAUGGACAGUCAAGGCAGGAAAGUGGUGGUGUGCGACAACGGGACCGGGUUUGUGAAGUGUGGAUAUGCCGGCUCUAAUUUCCCAGAGCACAUCUUUCCGGCUCUGGUUGGGAGACCGAUCAUUCGCUCCACGGCCAAAGUGGGAAACAUCGAGAUCAAGGACCUAAUGGUUGGUGAUGAGGCGAGCGAGCUGCGCUCCAUGCUGGAGGUGAACUAUCCGAUGGAGAACGGGAUCGUGAGGAACUGGGACGAUAUGAAGCACCUGUGGGACUACACCUUCGGCCCCGAGAAGCUCAACAUCGACUCGCGAAACUGCAAGAUCCUGCUCACGGAGCCGCCCAUGAACCCCACCAAGAACCGAGAGAAGAUUAUCGAGGUGAUGUUUGAGACCUAUCAGUUCUCAGGGGUUUAUAUCGCCAUCCAGGCCGUGCUCACGCUUUACGCUCAAGGUCUGCUGACGGGUGUAGUGGUGGACUCUGGUGACGGUGUCACUCAUAUUUGUCCUGUGUACGAAGGCUUUUCUCUUCCUCAUCUCACGCGCCGCCUGGACAUCGCUGGAAGAGACAUCACGCGCUACCUCAUCAAGCUGUUGUUGUUGAGGGGUUAUGCCUUCAACCACUCAGCCGACUUCGAGACGGUGAGGAUGAUGAAGGAGAAGCUGUGUUACGUGGGUUAUAACAUCGAGCAGGAGCAGAAGCUUGCGUUGGAAACCACCGUGCUGGUGGAGUCUUACACGCUGCCGGACGGUAGAGUGAUUAAAGUGGGCGGCGAGCGGUUCGAGGCUCCUGAAGCUCUGUUCCAGCCUCACCUCAUUAACGUGGAGGGAGUGGGUGUGGCAGAACUGCUUUUCAACACCAUCCAGGCAGCCGACAUCGAUACCAGGGCUGAGUUUUACAAACACAUCGUUUUGUCGGGCGGUUCUACGAUGUAUCCAGGUCUGCCAUCUCGUCUGGAGCGUGAGCUCAAGCAGCUUUACCUGGAAAGAGUGCUGAAGGGAGACGUCGACAAGCUUUCGAAGUUUAAGAUCCGCAUUGAGGAUCCUCCACGCCGUAAACACAUGGUGUUUUUGGGAGGAGCGGUGCUAGCUGACAUCAUGAAGGACAAAGACAACUUCUGGAUGACCAGAGAGGAGUACCAAGAGAAGGGCAUGCGUGUUCUGGAGAAGCUAGGCGUCACCGUUAGAUAAAUCACACACAUUUACACAAAACAUCACACACUUGCACUCACACUCCCAGUCACAGGGUGGCAUUUUGGCAGCGUAAACACAGAGGUUUCCGGCAGUUUUUGAGGAUAUACUUGAGAGCAACGAUUAAAUACUUGAACUUCCUUUGCAAUCCAAAAAAGUGCUCAAUGUUUGUAAGACAUUCCAAAUGUAAUAGUUCAUAUCACUGCUGCGCAACACGAGACGAAAAUUGAAUGAAAUCGAGUUAUUUGCUCAUGAAACGACCCGUUUAUGCUGCCAAAAUGAAUCCUCAAAUGUAUUACCAUAUCAUGGCCUUCUGUUUGUUUUGAGUCCUGUCUGUCUCAUGAAUUCACAUUGACCCUACUGAAGAGAAAUAUCCCUCUAAAAAGAGUAAGAAACAGGAGGAUGUUGUGCAAGUAGAGGAACAAAACAAUAAAAAGAUGUAUUUUUAAGAAGUUUUGUAAUAAGGAUAAAAAUCCAACCAAUUUGCUAAUAAAAAUAAUGAAGAAUAUAAUAAUUGUGGCCGAUGGUAUCAAACACAGACGUUCUUCUGAAAGCAGAUUGCUUUUGCUGAAACGUCUACUUUCUAUCUUACUGUCUCUGUCUUUAAUCUCAGUGUUUGUGCACUCCAUUAUUGGCUGUGCGCUUCACCUCAUGCCCUGAAAAUAGCGAGAGGGAAAAUGCAGUAGUGACCGGGACCAACUUCCCCAAAUAACAUUUAACAGAACAUUUGAAGAGCGUUCUUUUGUCAUAUAUCAUCUCUGAGGACGCUUUAAAUGCAGCGUUAGUCUGCCUUAUUUUAGUAAUGAAAAUCGGCAUUUGGAAGCCUUUAAAUAUAGACUCUCUGUUCAUGUCAUUCCACUUGCGGUUCCAGGAUCAGUUCUUCCUUUCAGUCUAAAGGACCUUCAUAAACAAUAGUAUCAAUUUCAGACUCCAUUUGAAAGGGAAGUGAUAAUGUUCUGACGCAUGUUUAGCAUACAGUUAUAGCUGCAAUCUAGAACCUCAUUUGCACAUUUGGCUGGGUGAAUCUCAUGAAACGUGUCUGGGUCACAUUUCACUCCAAAAUCUAAAUAAAGAAAUAAAAAGUUAUAGUUUCCUAAAAGGAAUUUUUUAAAAGGAACUUUUUUUGCAUUAUGCCAUUAUUUUCAUGACAAUUAAGCACCCCCCCCCCCCCCCCCCCCCCCCCAAAAAAAAAAUCAUUACCAUAAUGCAAAAAAAAAAUCUAAUUUUAUUACUAUAAUGCAAAACACUAAACAUUUUCAUUACCGAAAUGCAAAAAAAUGUGUUUUCAUUACCGCAAUGCAAUUUUAGAGUUUUUUUUUUUUUUUUUGCAUUGCGCCAUUUUCAUGACAGUUAAGCACCCCCUCUCCAAAAUUCUCAUUACCGUAAUGCUAAAAAUAUAUAUCAUUACCAUAAUGCAAAAAACUAAACAUUUUCAUUACUGAAAUGCAAAAAAAAUGUGUUGUCAUUAACGUAAUGCAAUUUUAGGGAGACUUUUUUGCAUUGCACCAUUAUUUUCAUGACAAUUAAGCAUGUCAAAAUAAAAUUAUGUUUCGAUGCAAAAAAAAAUUGACUCUAAAAGAGGAUAAUCACAUGUAACUGUGAUUGCUUUUCUUUUUGAUUCUGGGAGUUUUGUGAGAUUCACACAUGGAGAAUUGGCUGUAAAACAACGAGAGCAGCUGCAGCAGUGCAUUUAGUCGCAGCUCAUGCAUGUAUCACACAUGUGCGGCUUCAGUCAGCGUGUCGCUCAUUCUAUUGCAAUAACCCUGCAUCCUUUUCAUCAACUCACUUAUUUAGUGUUUUAACAAGUCUCAAUCGUGUUUCGCUCCCCAGAGGAAAUUCACGGUUGUUCAUAUUCUUUUUGUUUUUUCUUAUCAUUUUGUGUUUUUGCCUUCAUGUUGUUGUUUUUUGUUUUGUUUUUUUGUUUUCUGUUGGUUGUCGGGUCGUUUUCAUGUCUUAGCGGCAUGUAAUAGUCUGGGAACGAAGGGUCUCGCUGAUGCCCGAUGGGAGAUUAUGGGUCAGAUGCUUCAUUCCCAGACCGAAGGCAGCCAUGAUGUAACGGUUUACUGCCUGUUUGUAAUAUGAACGACAUAAUAAUGAUGGUAUUGGUAAUGAUGAUAAUAAUUUUAGUGUUUGUACUCGUGACAGCUGUUUGGAAGCUGGAUCAGUGAUGUUUCUGUGUUUGGCUUCGGGUUUGUACACAUUCAGACUCUUCACACAUGGAACAAACUAUGUGACGACUCCACUGAUUUCACUGACACGCAUUCUUCCAGUGCCAAGUUUGGGUAUUGUAGUCAUUUUGUUUGUUUGUUUUCUGCUUUUUUGUUUUUGUUUUGUUUUGUUUGUAGCGUACUGCCAGACCACUGAUUUAAAAUAAAGAAAAUUGAUUUAUAA